AGCCGUUUUGGCUCAAGCCAGUGGCUCAAGCAUGCGCAGCCGUGCUCAGUCACUAUACAUCGUCUUUAGUUUGAAACGCGUAGCGUCCCUCCAAAGAUAUCAAUGGGCCCUGGGCGCCAAGGCAGUCCGUAUGAGUUGCAUUGCAGCUUGUACGGGGUGUUCACCGCAUUGCUUCUGGCGAUGAUAACAUGUGAGGCGCGCUGUCAUGAGAGGCAGGGUUGUGCAAACAAUCCCGCAGAUUGGACCGAUAGUAGAGGGCUUCCUUGCGACGACUACGAGGAUUUGUGCACGACAUCUGCUGAUCAGGUCAUGAAUCGCCAUUUCGUCAUCGGCUAUCCUUCGGAUGUGGGGAGCAUGGGCCAUUCGGCUGUGGAAGCUUGCUGUAUUUGCGGUGGUGGACGUGAAAUUCACGUCGCAACUUCCAUGAUAAGCAACACCACCCCGGCAAUCGCUUCCAUAACUAGCAUCGCUACCAAAUCUGUGACGGGCAGGAGGCUCCUUGCCAGCACCACCGUGACGAGUACUACCUCUAUGACCAGCACCACUACCCUGACGAGCACAACUGCGACCAGCACCACUACCCUGACCACUGCCACCAUGACUACACCACUACCCUGACGAGCUUAACUGCAACCAGCACCACUACCCUGACCACUGCCACCAUGACUAGCACCACUACCCUGACAAGCAUCACUGCGACCAGCACCACUACCCUGACCACUGCCACCAUGACUAGCACCACUACCCUGACCACUGCCACCAUGACCAGCACCUCCACCUUGACCACUGCUACCAGCGCGACUAGCAGUACCACCAUUUCCACUCACACUGGGACCAGUACCUCCCAGAGUACUGGUACCGCCACCAGCUUGAGUGCCACCAGUACCAGUGUAACCAGCACCACUGCGACCAGCACCACUGCGACCAGCACUAGUAUCACUCAUACAUCUACCACCACACCCCUUUACGUUGUCUCCAGUGCCAUCUCAUUUCAAAGCAAUGGGACGGUUGAUAAUAUUACAAGGGCAUUCACAUCUCAUUUAGCGAGGGUUUUCCAAGUUGAUGAAGAUAAUGUCAUUGUGACUGUCACCGCUUCUGCGAGCCUGGCCCGGUAUGUCGUUGAUGGUUCUGGCCGCAGUAUAACGUCGAUUGGGAGAUCAUCUCGCCUGAAGCUCCUGCGGAGAACAUAUACGAUUUUGCAAGCCAGGUUGUUAAUGAUAGCGUUGUUGCUUAUGAUUUCGGAUCCGGUAUUCAAUCAGUCUUCCUUUCGCAAGGUUUCGCGAUAGUGGGAUCUGAGAUCGAAGUAACACCACCAGAAAUUAAGGUGAUUACUGCAACCAGGACAACUGUCAGCAUGACUGAGACCAGCACAACAGGGAGCAGCACCAUGUCCACUCGCACUGCAACCAGCACCACCACCUUGACUACCACGCUGACCAGCAGCACCACCGUGUCCACUGCCACGAUGACCAGCACCACCCUGACAAGUGCCACCAUGACCAGCAUCACCACCACUUUGACCACUGACACACUGACCAGCGGCACUACUACUACAGUGUACACCACUACCUUCACCUCCAGGACCAGCAUUACUAGCUCGACCACUGCCACAACGACCAGCAUCACCACCUUGACCACUGCCACCACGACCAGCAGCACCACCUUGACCACUGCCACCACGACCACCUUGACCACUGCUACCGCGACCAGCAGCAGCACCUUGACAACUGCCACAAUCACCAGCACCAGCACCAUGUCCACUCAUACUGCUACCAGCACCACUACCUUGACCACCACGUUGAGCAGCACCAGCACCUUGACAACUGCCACAAUCACCAGCACCAGCACCAUGUCCACUCAUACUGCUACCAGCACCACUACCUUGACCACCACGUUGACCAGCACCAGUACUGUGUCCAUUGGCACCGCUACCAGCACUACGUUGUCCAGCACCAUAACGAUAUUGACCACUGCCACCAUGACCAGCACCACGACCCUAUUCACUGUCACAAUGACCACCACCCCCACCGACACCACUAUCACCACCACCACCACCCCUCUCGGCGCAACUACUACUAUCACCGUCACGACACAGACAAGCACCACUACGCGGAUAUACAUUGUUGCGGGAUCUAUGUGGUUCGAAAGCACGGGCAUUCAAGAGCAGGUGGAAAGUGCGUCAGUGAAUGCACUUGCUUCACAUAAGGGCGUGCCCGAAAGUGCUGUGUUCUGUGUUGCCUCGCUUUUCACAAACAGCUCGCGACGGCUCAUGUCGGACCGGGAGCUCACCAGCUCAGUCACGCAUUGGCAGGUCGAUUGGACGAUAGUUGCAAGUGCAUCUCCCGCUUUUUCGGCAUACGACGUAACGACAGAGCUGCAUCAGCAUGUAAACGCGACCUCAGGAGAGAACUUGGAGUCGAUUGAGACGUUUUAUAGCCUCAUGGAGCUCGCCAUGCCAUCUCGGGGCCUGACACUCGUGUCAAAUUCCAGUGUCCUCGUGCACGCAGAGCCCACGAUAAUGGAAAUCACCGCCACCCAGACGACAUCAACGACGGCAACGCCAUUCGCAGAGGGCCUCAUUGCCGACACGGAGAAAACGGCGAGCAUUGAUUUUGUCGUUAUGGGCAUCAUAGUUGGCGCGAUACUUGUUUUGUGCUGUUGCAUUCAAUUGUUAUGUUUCUUAAGGAUCCGCCGGCAACGGAAGUCUGAAGAGGACUUGGAGGCUGUGUCGCGAAAUGACCUCGAGCAGGGGACGCCCGAGGACAUAAUAUGGGUCGCGCCUGGAGCGCCCCCAAGGAUCGAGUCGCAAAGCAACGAACCCAAGCAGGCGCGCAGCCUGUCACGCGGUGCAUCGGCCGAAGCGUCCUCGGGAAGCGAGAUCGGCGCAUCGCAACGGAGCAGCCUUUCCUCGACAGGUAUGCGAUCGGGUAGGUCAGGCGGAAAUUUGUCACGCAGUCCGUCGGCUGCCUCAGCCAGGUCUGGUGACGCCGGGUUGGCUCGCAGCUGGUCUCGCGGUCAGGCCUCAGGGCUUUCGAUUUAGUCCCGGGAAGGUAGCUUGACGAUAGCAAAGGCUACAUGAAACAACCGUUCCAGAUACCCCACCAGAUAAGACACAUUUUUGCAUCCACUAUCGCGCAGACGCGGUGACGGGCAUGUGCUUCGUGGCGACAGCGAGACCCCCUAUCGCAGCACGCAGCACUGCAUUUUAAUCCGUAUCAGAUACGCGAGGGGAUCAGACAUAGCAGUUGCAUGCUACAGUCGUCUCCCGAUGUAUUAACCAUUCGGCCGAAUACCCUUCGCUUCUCAUGCGUUGUAACUUCCAUGAUGAGUGCGACAUUUGAGCAGUGUGGGUAGAUCUAUCGCUUUGUGGGUGCGGAACUGGCUUGCCUUCAGUAGCCCACUUCCCGGCUCGCAGCGGCAACGGGGAUGGCGGAGGAUCCCAGCAGGGAUUGAAAUAGGGCCCUUUUCGUUUCCGACCACCGCUCCAGUGGCCAGAUUGUCUCACAUCUGCUCGAGCCUUGCCGGCAGCAGUAGGCGAGCGAGGUGGAAGGGAGGGGGACAGAGAGUGUGAGCAUUCUUACGUGUAUAGAUUUAUUCAUAAAUUUGCAGAUACACAUGUGUAUACAGCUUUAAUUCGUGGUGGGCCACCUAGGUCCAGCAUCGGUAAGUGGCACGCAUGGUGACGCCCGUGGAACGCAAAGUGCGUUUUCACUGCAUUUGCAUAUGUAUGCUCACUCUGCGCUUGGCACUGUUGCUUCAGAGAGUUCGACAAAACAAAAGAAUCCAGGAAGCCUUUAAGGGCCCAAAAUCGUUGAAAACCAAAAAAG